UUGGUUCUUGUUGUUUUCUAACAUAAUCCACUUGGGAUAUUAAAUAAUCCGAGGAUUAUUAGCAGAGAUUGGCAUUUAAGUUUGAUAAUAAACAAUUAUUGACAAAAUAUGCAUUGAUAUUCUCUUCCAGAAGAUUUUCUGUCCUUCUGCAAAAACAUCCGCUCCAGACGAAGCAAAGCGCCACGAGACCACGUGUCUGUGUUUACUGCUGUAAAAGCCAUGUUUCCAGUAGCACCCGAGGGCAUGUUUAUGCAUACAUUUCUGUAAUGACAUGCAGGAGACACGCAGACAGUCAUGGAGUCACAUGCAUGUAGCAUAGGGAACCAACAACGGUUUUGUCAAUGUGUUGGCGCCCCAGGCCAGGCAUGAUUAUAGUGGUGUCUGUUGGUUUUGGCGUAUCGAGCGAGGCAGGAGCCGCUUUGUUUUUUGUAACUGGACACAGUAUUGCAUGUCAAUAAGGCAUCAAGGACAAAGAAAUGGUGUAUAAAUUUCUAUAAUUUAAUCAUGUGAUUUAUAAAUACACACUAGCAGGAAGAGGUUCAUCUAAAGAUUUACACAGUGCAACACCAGAGUAAGUGCCAUGUGUGUUACUAUAGUAAUAUUUCUCUCACUUCCUGGCCCUUUACAUUUUCUGUAUGUAUCUGUUGCCACGGAAACUGACAUACUUCAUUCCUGUGGCUUUUGCGCCAUUUGUCUGAAGCGGAACAGAAACCAAAUAAUGUCCAAACAGCAUUAGUCAUCCAACUGCACGGUUCCGGUCCAGAAAGCAAAGCCGUUCAUCUUUUCCCCCCUGCAACAUCUGUCGGCUGCGAGCACAUCGCAGCAACGGCAGCACGCUCGCCGAAUCCAGCCACGCCGAGGCUUCGCAUGACGUUCCAGGGUGACUUCACCUGGAGCAGCCUGUCGGGACGGAGCGUGCGUCUCAUGCCAGUUGCCAUCCAGAGCCUGUCGGAGCUGGAGAGGGCCAGGCUGCAGGAAGUGGCCUACACCCGUUUACACCAGGACUAUGACCUGGGAUGUCAGAUAACCAUGCCAAAAGAUGGACAGAAGAGGAAAAAGUCGCUGAGAAGGAAGUUGGACUCUCUCGCGAAGGAGAAGAGCAAAGACAAAGAGUGCAUACCCCAGGCCUUCAGCAUACCCCUCUCCCAGGUCAUCACCAACGACAGAGCACACAGGCAGCGUCAGGAUGGCUAUCGCCAAGACCCGCCGCAGAGGGAGGAGCACAAAGACUCCUCCGACCUCGUCUCGUCCAUUUUGCAGUUUGCCACCAAGCGUCCGUCCAACAAGGAGUUAUCCAGCAGCAACUCCUCCCUGAGCUCCACAUCAGAGACGGCCAACGAGUCGACGUCACCCAACACCCCCGAGGCUGCUCCGCGAGCUCGCCGAAGGGGAGGCAUGUCUGUGGACUCCAUCACAGACCUAGAUGACAACCAGUCCCGCCUGCUCGAGGCGCUGCAGCUCUCCCUGCCGGCCGAGACGCCGAGCAAAAAGGAGAAGCACAGGGACAAAAGGCUGAGCCUCAAUCCCAUUUACCGCCAGGUGCCCAGGGUGGUCGACAGCUGUUGUCAGCACAUCGAAAAAAACGGUUUGCAGACUGUGGGGAUCUUUCGAGUGGGAAGCUCCAAGAAGAGAGUCCGACAACUGCGCGAGGAGUUCGACCGCGGCGUCGACGUCCAGCUGGACGAGGAGCACAGCGUCCACGACGUGGCCGCCCUCCUGAAAGAGUUCCUCAGGGACAUGCCGGACCCCCUUCUAACCAAGGAGCUGUACACGGCUUUCAUCAACACCACAUUGCUGGACACGGACGAGCAGCAGAGUGUCACUCAGCUUCUGGUCUACCUGCUCCCGGCGUGCAACAGCGACACCCUUCACCGCCUCCUGGAGUUCCUGUCCACCGUGGCCGCCCACGCCAACGACCAGCAUGACAAAGAAGGACAGGAGAUCACGGGGAACAAGAUGACAUCUUUAAACCUCGCCACCAUCUUCGGGCCCAACCUGCUCCACAAGCAGAAGAACUCCGACAAGGAGUUCAGCGUCCAGAGCUCGGCCAGGGCCGAGGAGAGCACGGCCGUCAUCGCCGUUCUGCAGCGGAUGAUCGCCAGCUACCAGACGCUCUUCAUGGUGCCUCCCGACCUGCAAAACGAGGUGUUGAUGAGCCUCCUGGAGACUGAUCCAGACGUCGUCGACUACCUUCUGAGGAGAAAGGCCUCGCAGAGCCCCGACCUGCUGCAGCCCGAGGAGCCCUUCACCCUGAGCGAGCGCCGCUCCUCCAGCGACUCCAACAAGGUGUCCAGCGGCGAGCUGUCGCCGUACGACAACAACUCCCCGGUCCUGAGCGAGCGCCGGGGGGAGGCGGGCAGCCCCGGCAGCGAGCAGCUCUUCCGCGUCCCGGAGCGGUACUCCCUGGCGGGGCAGGUGGCCGGCUGGGGCAGGGAGUCCGGCGCCGACACGUGGGGCUCUAAAGAGGAGCAUGCUAACAUUUGGGGCACGUGGCACACUACUCUGAAACCAGCACUCAAGAACCAAACAUACACAGGUUCCCAUGGCAACAUGUCGGAGGGAAGCUCCCGCAGCUCGCAGGAAGGACUCGACGGGCUCCAUGGCGACGGCAGGCAGCAGACGACGGUACUACGGAGCCAGACGGCGCCCGGCGUCCCCGAGUGCAGGCCCCACCCGCCGGUCACCAGGGUGUGCACGGGCCCCCGCGCCGAGACGGGGCGGCCGCGCCUGCAGCUCAACAUCCACCCCUCGGCCAACUCGCACCCGAACAGCGCGCCGGUCCUCCAGCGGGCGAGCAGGGUCAACGCCACAUCUCAAGGCGGGCCGGGCACGUGCGAGGGCAGCGCGCCGCCGCCGCCGCCGCUCCGCGACAGCCGCUCCCCGCCGCCUUACAACGCCCACCACCGGCUGGCCGGCUCGCAGAGCUCCCCCCAGCUGGCCCAGCAGCGCCCCCUGCAGCACGGGAGGCCGGGGCCGGCGCAGAGCAACUCGACAACGACGACGGAGGCUCAACUGGGGCCGCAGAGCCCGGAGUGGCAGGACUGGCAGAGGGAGCGGUGGCAGAUCUGGCAGCUGCUGUCCUCGGACAAUGCCGACACACUGCCCGAAACGCUGGUGUGAUGACAGACCGACGUCCUGAUCAAACCCCUCCCGUGACAAUCUUUUCUCCUGGCUUGCCAACCCACGGAUUUCCCCCCUUCCCCCAUGAACGUCCUCCUGCAUCUUAGCGCCACGGCGUUGUUGUUGUUUACGUGUGCAGCUGCUGCCUCCUCCAGACUUUUACAUCCAAGAGCCACUAGUAUUUCCUGAUUUUUGUACGGAUGUUAAAGUUGCUCCUUUUCUUUUUCUUUUUUCUCUUCCCCUCCUCCCACAAUGACACCUUGAGUUAUAGGAGCAUUAAAGAAAAAUGCCCACCAGAAAUACCUCAAAAAUGAUCCUUUCAAUUUUUAUUUUUAUUUUCUUCGUAUCUCGAUGAGGCAGCGUGAGGAAAACUCUCUUCCUGUCCGUCAUCCUUACUUCUCUCCUCCACCACAACGACACUAAGAUGUACGCGUUAGUAACUGCUGCUAAAUGUAGACGUUUCGUCUCAAUGUAAUUCAUCUUUCUAAAAAAAAAAAGAUCAAAUAUUGAAAUACUUUUCUAUGUCAGAUAACGUUUGACUGUGUAUAUAUAUAUAUAUGUGCAUACGCAACUUGUCGACACACAUGCAUAAACGAUAUAUAUGUACAUUGAUGUGUAAAGUAUAAAAUUAAUUUGCCUAAAAAGUAUCUACCUAAAAGUAAGUCAGCCCCCUGAGUGGCAGCCGAGGUGACGUCGGGCUGCUGUUCUUUUAAUACUGAAUGUAAAAUGCUUCACUUACGGAAAAAAACAACGCUUAGACCUAACUAUAAAGCACUCGGCUGUAAGUUUUCUUGUACUUCAUGUGCUAACGCCACCUGCUGCACUGCAGGAACAAUGUGCCAAAGGUUUUUUUUUAUUUUUUUUUGCCAUACAGUUGUGUAUAUUUAAUCCAGUUGUUCAUUUCUGAACACAAAUACAUGAUAGGAGCUAGGACAUUGGCAAAAUUUCAGCAUAGGAGCAGGGGAAUUACCAGUUAUUUGCAAGAAAACCCUUUUAGCCCCCUAGUGAUAAAUAUCCACACUGUUGUUAACGGUCAGUUAAAGUGUAUCGAUUCAAAAUGGGUCAUGAGAGAGCGUUAAAAUAGGGGUUGUAUGGGGCAUUUAUCCGCAGUCUGUCGUUAACUGACCAUUAAAACUCUCCUCAGACCAGACUCCACUGACAAAAACUGCGAUUUAACCUCAAAGAGCGUGGGAGCUGGAGGUCUAACACUGCCUCAACCGGUUAGUUUGUGUGUGUCAUGUUGUGUGACUUCAGUGUGUUUACAUACUUUGGAUGCGAGUUAAGUCACACCGGGACCAGCAGCUCUUAUAUAAUAGUGAUACACUGACUCAUGCACCCCACUUACAGAUAACUGGAUACACGGCGACAGUAUUAAGUUCAGAUAAUUCUGCUUUUUAAAUCAUCUGAAAAUUGAAUCUGGAGAACAACGUUAUAUAUGGAUACAUUUCCACAGAUUGUGAAAAAAAAAGAAAAAGAAAAAAGUAUUAUUUGAAUAAUUAUUUGGUUCUAAAUUUGGUAUAUCACUUUAAAUAGUAUUAGAAACCAGGCAUGUUGCUCAAAUCAUGUCUAGAUCAGAACCUAUAAUAAAAAAUAAUAAAAUAAAACUUAUUUUAUUUUUCUAAAAAUGCUUAAAAACAAAAAAAUGAACUUUUUUUUAAAGAAAUGCAUUCACUGUUGUUGGUGAAAACGAACCUUUUAUGUAUUAGUCACAUGAAAUAUCUCCACCCACGACCAACCUGUCCGACUCCUCUCAAAUGUCACGUGAGUAUUUGCAGGCAAAUAUUUCCUCUUUUAUUAUUUUUUAUUUUUUGUUGUUCCUCUCUCCAAGCUUCUGCAUCAAACCUACCAGUCUUUGCAGAAUCAGAAUGGUCACGGCGCCAUCUAUUGCCAGGACGUGCGCAGCUGCAUGUCUCUGCUCCCCCUCCUCAACAGGUUCCACAGGAAUUCACCUGCGCUCGGUUUAGAGUCAAAGCUUGUGAUUUUGAGCACCUUUUUUUUUGUUUUUUUUUUUGUUUUUUUGUGAAAACGUGUUCUUAAGAGUUUCCGUGCAUUGCUCAAGGUUCAUGUUUUGUGUUUUUUUUUUUGUAUGACUGUUUUAUGUUGCGUGUUGUUAUAUAUAAAUUCAAUAUAGCAUUUUUUUUUCCAAAAAAAAAAAAAAAAAAAAGUAAUCCUCAAGGUCCUGGCUUUCCCCAAAUCAAAAUGUUGAUGUUUGUCUUGUUGAUGUCACUAUGAAACUUACUGCUAUGGUGUUUUUCUUUUCUUUUCUUUUCUUUUCUUUUCUUUUUUUUCAUAUUUUGGUGGGGUUUACUGGGUCCAAGAUGUAAAGGAAUGUCUGGUAAAUGCUUUUGUACUGCGUGUCAUCAUCAAUAUGCUACAAUGGAAUUAAAUAUGAUAAAGUUUA